UUAGCCACACGGGAUAGAGAAAAAGAAAAAGCUGCUGUUUGCUGGAACAUCUCAAUGGAUGUGAAACAGGACACCUGUGAUGUGGAUGCAAAUAUCAUGGAGAAAAUAAAUAUUAAGGAGGAGGACUGUCAGUGGGAGCCCAUCUGCCUUAAACAGGAAAGUCUGAGCAUCGAGGAGGAGGACAGUGAACUGCAGGCAGUGGGCAUUAAAGAAGAACCUGAAGAGAAAUCUGUCAGUAUUGAGACACAUAACCGUACAAAUCUGGACAGUGUAAAAGAAGAAAACCGUCAUGAUGUGUGUCAAGAUGGAGUGGUGACCAGGUUAGACUCUUCUCAGAGCAGACACUUUUCAUCUCCAGAGCCUUCUAUCAAUGUGAAGUCAGAAUCAUUAGAGUCUGAUCCAAAGAGGGCUGAGGAAACUACAUCUGUUAGAGCUCAGAAAAAUAAGCGACCACCUUCAAAGAAGUCUGGAAAAAGAAAGAAAGAUCACUGCUGUGUGGAAUGUGGCAGAGAAUUCCCUAAAAAGAGUGCUCUUCAGAAACACAUGAGAGUUCACAUGGAAGAGAAGCCAUAUUGCUGUAGUGAAUGUGGCAAACAGUUUUCAGACAUGCGCAAUCUUCAGAGACACACUAGAGUUCACACCGGAGAGAAGCCAUAUUGCUGUAGUGAAUGUGGCAAACAGUUUUCACAUAUAGGCAAUCUGAAGGACCACACUAGAGUUCACACCGGAGAGAAGCCAUAUUGCUGUAAUGAAUGUGGCAAACAGUUUUCACAGAAGGGCAAUCUACAGAAACACACGAGAGUUCACACCGGAGAGAAGCCAUAUUGCUGUAAUGAAUGUGGCAAACAGUUUUCACAAAUAGGCAGUCUUCAGAAACACACUAGAGUUCACACUGGAGAAAAGCCGUAUUGCUGUAAUGAAUGUGGCAAACAGUUUUCACAGAUGGGCAGUCUUCAGAUACACACAAGAGUUCACAACAGAAUAAAAAGGGUAGCAGUUCAAAAAUCAGUCCAGAAAAAAAAGAACCCUUCAGGACGCAAGGGUGACGUUCAGUCUUGUCCUGAAAAAGGCACAGCACUUGUGCAACAACGCCUGGAUACAUUUCUGUUAACAUACCGCAAUUCCCCUCAUGCAACAACAAAGGAGAUACCAGCUAAGAUGUUCCUUGGACGCAAGCUGCGAUCACGGCUGGAUUUCCUGAAACCUGUUGCUGGUGUAGUGCACAGGUCACAAGAUGCUCAACAAGAGCGCCGCAAACCAUGCUCCAAAGACAGACAGUUUGAUAUAGGUUUAGGCUUUAUUGAGCCAUUAAUGAGAAGACAGAAGAUCAGUAAAGACUUGCACUACCUCUGA